AUGGAUCACAAACUAAUGUGUAAAUAUCUUAAUAUAGCUGAUAGUUAUUUUAAAGGUAAAGAUGUCAAUACAAAUGAAAUUAACAAAGACCUAGCCAUCAAAGGAUUUUGUAAUAAUGGUGGUUGUAAAACAAAUGAAGCUAGUAUUAAUGCUUUCGCCGCAUAUAUAAUUACUAGUUUCAAAAGGUCAAUAGAAAAUCAUGAGUAUAAUAAGUAUGAUGAAUAUUUUUUGAUGUGGCUAAGUGAUAAAUUAUUUAAGAUACAUGACAAAAGCGAAGACAAAGACAACGAAAUUACUUUAAAUCAGGCUUAUGAUACAUAUUUAAAGAAAUAUAAAGGAAUAUUGGAUUAUUGGUCUCAUUUUGAUAUUAUAAAGGAUUUGAAAGAAGCUAAUCUUAAGUAUAUGAGCGAAUUUUAUAAGUUACUUAAUCACAUAUGUAAAACAAUUACAGAUUAUGAAAACAACCCUGAAGAAAUUACGAACCUUAUUACGAAUUCUACCGAAUGUUCUAAUCAAUAUAUAUCCAUUUAUAAUGAUAUUCCUAAAUGCCAAUCAUAUCUUGAUUUAUUGAAUAAAUUAAAAGGUAUAUAUGAUGAUUUUAGAAAUUAUGCUAUUAUGAGAACCGAUUCAAGAAUUCAUUUAGAAACUAUUCUUAAAAAAAUUACAAAACCAGAUGGAGGAGAGAUGGACGGGAAGAAAGGUUUUAUAUCAUAUGACUUCAGUAAUUCAACAUGUAAAUUCAAAAAAAAAUCGCCAUCAUUAAAAAAAGAGGACAAAUCAUCAUUACAACCCUCAAACCAACUAAAAGAUAGUCAAGACGAAACACCAUCAUCUUCACAAAGCAUUAAUGCAUUAGAAAAAACUAAAACAGGAGAAUCAAGUCCAUCAAAUGUACAAGACGAUUCUAAAAUUGAUUUAAAGACGUCAGAAAAUAGUAAAGGAAAUACAGGAAGUUCAAGUAGUGGAACCGGAAACCUUGGUGAUGAAUCAAGUGAUCAAGUAAAUUCCGGCGUUGAAAAAGAAAAUAUGAAUGAUGGAGUUAAAGAACCCGAAGCUCCAAGUAAUGGGAAAGGCAGUCAAGUAAGUAAAGGCGAUGGAGAAAAUGUUGAAUCGGUUGAUACAGAUAUUGAAAUAGGAGACUCAGAAGGUGGAUCAGGAGAUACAGAUAACGAGACAUUAAAUACAGAUGGUGGAGAAGAUUAUAAAGGAGGAUCAGAUAGUGUUUCGGCAGAAAAAGGAACAGAAAGUACGUCAGGGGAGCCAUCUGGAAACCAAGAUUCUGAUAAAAACAAUCAAGGAUCUGAAAAAUCGGGGGAAGAUCCAGUGGUUAAACUAGGAAAUCCAAGAACCGAAACAAAAGGAAAUGGAAUAACAAAAAUAGAUGAUAUAUUUAUAUUCAAAGGAUUCAAAAAAAUUGGAAUUCCAAUUAUAGUUAUUAUAAUAUCCAUUACUUUAGCUAUUAUGUACAAGGUAAAUAAAAGAAAAUUAUGA